AUGAAGAGAAAGAGUCAUCAACCACCAAAAUGGAAAGAGAAUGAUCAUUCCAUCGUUCAACAACAAUCAAAGAUAGAUAAUACUAAUAAUAAUAAUAGUAAUGAUGAUAAUGAUGAUGAUCAUUACAAGACUAAAUUAUUUAAAAGUAUCAUUAUAAAUAGAUACAUUUCAAAUAUUAUAUUCAACUUUACUGGUCAAUUAAAUAAACACCAAAUCCAAUUACAAGAUGUGGUUGCAUCUUCUUCCUCUUCCUCCUCCUCCCCACCCUCUCCAUCAUCUUAUUUGAGAAGAUCACUUAAAGGUAAAGAAGUGAUAGAAAGAGGAUCAUUGGUAGAGAUGAUUAAGUUCAAUAUGACCAAUCACUUUUUCUAUUGCUUUGAGCAAUGUGGAUUUGGAGAGCAAAUGUUGAUCAACAAGAUUCCACUCACCGACCUAUUCUUGGCAGCUUUGUAUUAUGGAAAUCUUCAAAUUGCUCAACACCUUGCCGAUCACUACACUCAGGCUAUAUUACUUGGCCCAGAUGAAAAGAUCCCUCACACUACUCAUUUUGAGUUGAUAACCAAUGAUAUUUUUAAUCUUUGUAUUGUAAAAAUAUAUAAUUAUCAUAAUAAUAGAUGUAUACCAACCAAUGCAAUAUUAAGAAUAAUAGAAAGAUCAAUUUACGAUGGAACGAUAGAAUUGUUUCAUAGUGUGAUUAAAUAUUGUUUCGUGGACAUUCCAAUAGCUGCUCCAGUUAUGAAACCAACAAUAGCUAAUAAUAUGGAAAAGACUAAAGUCGCAGGUUGUUUCACAGGUCUAAAAACAACAGUUCCACCAUUCCCAACGAUGAAAAAAACAGUUGUUAAUAGGACAAGGGCUGGCAAGUACACAACUUUGAGAAUAACUGCACUUGGAAUAGUGGAUAGUAUUUAUGCAGUCGAGAUGGUAGACAUCAUGCACAAAAAUAGAAUAUUCGAACAAUGGCAGCGUCUUUUACAUCAUGCAUGUCAAAAGGAGCAUUAUCCAUUGAUAGAGUUUAUUCAAAAAAACGUUGGAGGAGUGGUACUGCCAUUGGAGACUAGUUACUCGAUUGCAACUAAAUUGUCAUCUGGCAAAUUACUAAAAUAUCUAUGCGAGUUGUGGAAACCACCUUUGGAUAUUUCCGACGUUACCAGAGCAGCAUGUGAUAAUGGAAAUAUAGAAGCACUUGAUUAUUUAAUUGGUUUGUCCAAGUCGUCGUCGUCAUCGUCAUCUAAUGUCUCGAUACACCCAAGUUGUUUGUCAGAAGCUUUGGGAAGAGGUCAUAUUGGUAUUGUCAAAUAUCUAUUAAAAGAGAUGACGACUCCAACUACUACUGACCACAUAUGGUCAGAUGUUAUUCAAUUCCAUAAAACAAUAUUGACUGUUGAUUUGGUCAAACUGUUGUUGUUGGAAACUAAUAACAUUCCAUUGGAAAUAUACAUCAAUGCUUUGUAUUAUGAUUCGUUAAAGUACAAAGAAUUUGGUGUGAUAGAGUACAUUGAACAACAAAUCUUUAGUACUCGACCAGACCUCGUUUCAAAAGUUGAUUAUUCACAUUUAUUUGACCAAACCCUGUCUUGGGACAAUAUCGAUGGACAAGACAACCAAGCCAUUUCAAAAUAUGCAUCUAUUGACUUGGUCACACCUUACAGAGGCGUUACAGCGGCAUUUGAAAAUACACAUUCAGUCAACACGAUCAAGUUGAUUGUUACACAAUUCCCUUGGUUUUAUAGCCGAGAGGCUGAAAAGGGAGUGAUUGGAGCACACGAAUUUUAUGCGCUUUGUCAUGUAGGCAGGUUUGACGUGGCAAGGGUAUUUUUAGAAAAUAAUAUGGUCAGUGGUUGGGAGUUACCUAGCAACUUGGAUGCGUCUCAAGUUCAAGAAUCUAAAGAUCCAGAGUUUAUAAAGCUAUUUUUAAGCGUAUCAAGAAUCAACAUUAAUAAUCUCAGAUUGGAAUUAAUAUUUUCAGACAAAAUAUAUCCUCCACUCUUUGCAAAAGAGAGUCAUUUCAAAAAUGCAGCUGCACUAUCCAACACUGGAUACUUUAAAGUACUAUACAAAUAUCAAUUGGAAAAUGGUGAUCCCUACUAUUUCAUCAACCAUCGAGAUACCAUGGUAUCUGCAUUUACUAGUGCUGUUUUAAGAGGCAAUAUUGAAAUAUUAGAAUUGAUGAAACUUGGUCCAAAAGAGUCAUUAUUCUUUGUCACUAGUCAACUCGUCGAUACUAUUGUCAAUGAAUUAUCAUAUGCACAUUCAUGCAAGAUCGAACCUAUAGUAUUCCUAUUUGACAGAUUUAAAGAACAGUAUCGAAAGAAUGACAAACCCUAUUCAUUGGAUCCAACCAAUCUCCUCGUAUUGACAAAGUACCCUACAAUGACCGACACCAUCAUCUAUAUCUUGGAGUUAUUCAUCUCUAAAAAAUCAUCACAUCGUCAACACAAAUGUUUCGACCGAUCACCAUUCUCGAAAAGUUUCAACGAUUCCAACAACAUUAUUUAUAAAAUGUUAAUUCAUUCCUUAAAACAUAAUAAUUUUAAAUUAUUUAAUUAUUUAUGUAAUGUUAUUGAUAGUUUAGUCGUUAAAAAAGAUAAAAAAUAA